CCCCUCCUCCGGCGCCGGCCCCUCGUCCGCUCCCGCGCAGCCUGCGAGCGCAAUGGCCCCCGGCAGCCUCGUCCUCCUCGCCGGCCUCCUGGGCGCCCUGGCGCUGGGUGACCCCGGGCCCCUGGAAGACGUGGUCAUAGACAGAUACUACAUCCCCAAAAUCUGCCUGCGGGAGGCGCAGAUGGGCGAUUUCAUCCGCUACCACUACAACGGCACCUUUAAAGAUGGCAAAAAGUUUGACUCCAGCUACGACCGUGGCAAUGCGGUGGCCGGUGUGGUGGGCGUGGGGCGCCUCAUCACCGGCAUGGACCGCGGGCUGCAGGGCAUGUGCGUCAACGAGCGGCGCCGCCUCGUCGUGCCGCCCCACCUGGGCUACGGCAGCAUCGGCGUGGCGGGGCUCAUCCCCCCGGACGCCACCUUGUACUUCGACGUCGUCCUGCUGGACAUCUGGAACAAGAAGGACCAGCUGCAGGUCACCACGCUGUCCAAGCCCGAGCGCUGCAACCGCACCGUGGAGAGCUCCGACUUCGUGCGCUACCACUACAACGGCACCCUGCUGGACGGCACCCCCUUCGACUCCAGCUACAGCAAGCAGAGCACCUAUGACACGUACGUGGGCACGGGCUGGCUCAUCAAGGGCAUGGACCAGGGGCUGCUGGGCAUGUGCGCCGGCGAGAAGCGCAGCAUCGUCAUCCCGCCCUUCCUGGCCUACGGCGAGAAGGGCUACGGCACCGUGAUCCCGCCGCAGGCCUCGCUCGUGUUCAGCGUCCUGCUCGUGGACUUCCACAACCCGCGGGACGGCGUCGCGCUGGAGCAGCUGCAGGUGCCGGCGGGCUGCGGGCGCCGGGCCGCCGCCGGCGACUUCGUGCGCUACCACUACAACGGCACCCUCAUGGACGGCACCCUGUUCGACUCCAGCUAUUCCCGCAAUCACACGUACGACACCUACAUCGGCAAGGGCUUCAUCAUCCCCGGCAUGGACCAGGGCCUGCAAGGCGUCUGCGUGGGCGAGAGGCGCCGCGUCGUCGUGCCCCCGCACCUGGCCUAUGGCGAGAGCGGCGCAGGGGACAAGAUCCCCGGCUCGGCCGUGCUCAUCUUCGACGUCCACGUCAUCGACUUCCACAACCCUGAGGACCCCGUGCAGAUUGAGACCGUGCACCGGCCCGAGGGCUGCAAUGUCACCAGCCGCCCCCGUGACUUCGUGCGCUACCACUACAACUGCUCGCUGCUGGACGGCACCAGGCUCUUCUCCUCCCACGACUACGAAGCCCCGCAGGAGGUGACACUGGGGACCAACAAGGUGAUCGAGGGGCUCAACAGGGGCCUCCUGGACAUGUGCGUGGGGGAGCGCCGGGUGCUCAUCGUGCCCCCGCACCUGGGCCACGGGGAGAGCGGAGCGCGCGGCGUCCCCGGCAGCGCCGUGCUGCGCUUCGACGUGGAGCUGCUCUCCCUGGAGGAGGGGGUCCCUGAGGGCUACCUCUUCAUCUGGCAUGGGGAGCCACCGGCCAACCUCUACCAGGAGAUGGACCUCGACCGGGACGGCGAGAUCCCUGCCGAGGAGUUCUCCACCUUCAUCAAGUCUCAGGUGGCCGAGGGCAAGGGGCGGCUCAUGCCCAGCUCCGACCCGGAGAAAGUCAUCGCCGACAUGUUCAAGAACCAGGACCGGAACCAGGACGGGAAGAUCACGGCCGAGGAGCUGAAGCUGAAGACGGACGAGGACCGGGAGAAGGUCCACGAGGAGCUGUGAGCGGCGGCGGGCGCCGCUCGGGCCCGGCCGCCCGCACGCCUGGGCCCCCUCCUCUUCUGCGCCCUCCAAGCGCGUUGU